AUGAGCCCCGUAAUAUGCACCGGUCAGCGACCGACUUUUGUUGGUUUACGUCGCUUCCCACAACACACACUCACGCACGCCGAUCCCAUCAUUUGUUGAGGUCUUGAUGGGUUUUCCGUACGAAAUGCCGAGGGCAACCGUUUCUUUGUUCUUUGGCUGUGACGUUAGGUUUGGAUGGGCUGUUGGGAAUAUCCGAAUUUCAAAAAAAGGAAAUCGAGGUUUUUUUGAAAAUUGUCAACCCCCUCCUUUUUAGACUAACUGGAUGAAGUCAAAGAAAUAUCUAUCAUACUUUGAAAUGUUUCUAAAAGGCUAGAAUAGCUCUAGCGAGCCCCUUUACGAAAUUGGGGCCUUUCUUCGACUUCAAAAUUACUUUUAGAACAAAUUUUAAUCUUUAAUAUUUCUAUGCCCUAUUCAGAUGGAGGAGAGUUGGAAAAAAGUGCCAAAAAAAGUCAUUGAAAGUACCAUAAUAAAUAAUUUUUCUCUUCCUUCCAAAAAACUACAACCCCUCAGCAUAGCUACAAGCUUCGAAACGCUAAAAGAAGUUAUCAAAACAAUAAAAUUUUAAAUAUAAAUGUUUCAGUCAGAUUGUACUGUCCAAAAAGAAAGUCCUGCUGUCAAAAAAAGUUACAUUCGCAAUCUCAAAAAAACGGCAAAAAGAAUUUUCAAAAUUUCAUAAUUCCAUGUUCUGGCGGAUUUUUUCAAACAAAUCCCCCAUUCACAGUUUUACUAGUCCUGUGAAAAAAUUCGCAAAAGCACGACCAAAUUUUUCUCUGAAACACAAUGAAACAAAAACGAAGGUGGGUGGACAAAAACGGGACGAAAAAACCAGCGGAAAGGGACACCACGGGCGGCUCACAUUUCACCAGAAAACGUGCCCUAAUGCGCAAAAUCUAGACGCCUUAGAAGAAGAAGAACAAAUGAAAGGCAGUUUUUAGAUGAUUUUCAUGACUUUCACGUAUGAAGGAAGAUUUUUUUUUUGAGGCGUUGGUUUUAAAUCGGGAGAAACUUGUUCUUUUUCCAAUCUCAUAAAAAUUCAAAUGUAAUUGUAAUCGUGAGGAAUCGAUUUAAGACACAUCCUCAUUGACUGUUGUUUUUUUUUUCGUCGAAAAUCACUGUUUCAACCAUUUCGACGGUUAGUAAUGAACUUACUUCAAAAUUUUCAAACUAAGAACCUUUAUAAUAUUAUUUAAUAUUUACUCGUUUUUUGCUGAACUUGAAGCUUAAAAUAAAGCUCUUUUCAAUUGUUUCAAAGGGGCUUUUGAUCUUUUUUCAUAAGGAAAAGUAUUAGCAGCGAUAUUUUCAUGCCAGUCUCAUCAUUGCAAAGUAAAUGGGUCUGAUUAUUUGUGAAAAAAAUUUGAAACUAAGCUUCUCAAUUUUUUGACGAUCAAAAAAAGUUUCACACAGGUCUCAAAGCGAAAACUGUUACAAUUACUGUACCUUCAAAGCAUAUUUUUCAUCCUUGGGAAUUUUUCUAACUAGGCAAAAGUUUGGUGAGCCUCUUUUGAAGCAAAUUUCAAAGGGACUGUAUUUCGAUUCUUCGAAAAUUGUUGAAUUAUAACUGAGAAGGGAGCUGAUUUGACUUUGCGCUUGUGGUUUUUUCGAAAAUCGGUCAGGCGCCAGCUGGAAGUCCGAAAAGUCCCAAGUGGCCCAAUCUUCUGCUUGAAAAAUUGGAAGUCAAAGUUUGAAAAUGGCUUAUUUUCACGGAAUUUGAGGCACAUUAUCUCAAAGAUUUAGAAAUUCUGAAUAUUCCUUGGUGGGCUAAUAACCAUCAUCCCACGAGGCUCUUCACUUUUAUUGCUCAUAUUACAGACGCUUUACAAGGGCCUUUCGCUCUCAUACACAAAGAGCACACUGGAUGCACAUGUAAAUGCGACGACGAGCUUGUUUGCGAAAGUGGGCGGAGCCUAGGGGAGAUGCUGAGGCUCGCCAAGGCGGUUCCGACAGCUUAG